GUCAUUUUCCUGACAGUUCACAGAUGAUUAAAAUCAUUAUUGAUUUAUUUUUUUAUAAUUUUGUAGAAAAUAAAAAAUAAUUUAAGGUAAACAAUUAAGUUCACGAGGACACCAAGACUAUAUCGGAUAAAUAUGACAUCCAGGCAAACUGGUGGAGUUCCUUUCUUCAGGUUUUAGAAUAUCAGGCACAAUAGGCGGCAAAAGUAGACGUGCAUCCGGGGGCGGUGGAGCAGGCGGGCACGGAGCCGGUACGAGCUCGGCUGGAGGCGGGGCAAUGACACGACCGCCCAAUGACGAAAACCUGCCUACUGUCAAAUUGGUGGUAGUAGGCGAUGGGGGUGUAGGGAAGAGCGCCAUUACGAUCCAGUUCUUCCAGAAGUUGUUCGUCACUGACUAUGAUCCGACCAUAGAGGACAGCUACCUCCAGCAUGUUGAAGUGGAUGGGGAGUGGUGCAUAUUGGAUGUGCUGGAUACCGCUGGCCAAGAAGAGUUCAGUGCGAUGAGGGAACAAUAUAUGAGAAAAGGAGAUGGCUUUCUUUUAGUUUAUUCUGUAACAGACAAAAAUAGUUACGAAAAUAUAAUGCAUUUUCAUACACAGAUUUUGCGCGUAAAAGACAGAGACACCUAUCCAAUGCUGCUAGUCGCUAACAAAGUAGACCUUGUUCAUCUGCGCAAAGUUACAGAGGAGCAAGGUAGAGAGUUAGCACACAGAUUGGGUAUACCUUACAUUGAAUCAAGUGCCAAAGAUCCACCGCUUAAUAUUGACGCCACAUUUCACGAGGUGGUACGUAUUAUUCGCAACCAACCGCAGAGCGAUAAAGAUAAACGAAAAAAGAAGAAGCUUCAGAAGAAGUGUGUUUUUAUAUAAGUUUGUGUUCGUAUCAUAUUUAUUCGCUUUUUAUAUGUACGCGAAAGCUUUAUGGUGUGUAUUUAUUAUAUGUUGUACAUAUUUAUAUACUGUUUAUUUGUUAUUUCGAGCUAUUCAGCAUGGAUGAUGAAUACCAUCUAAUAAUUGGAGACUGUUGGUAUAUAUACAGAACCGAGCAAAAGUGGUGAAACAUUUUAUUUUUUAAAGAUUUUAUUAAACUACUUAUGUUUUAUGAUAACUUAAUAAAACUAUGCUAACGAUUAUUAUUAGAAAAUACAGCGAGGAAAAAUAGAGAAACAUAAUAUACAAAGCAAUUGUCAUAAUAUACAAAGAAGCUAAUGCUUGGUUGCAUAACCUUUAUUUUUGAUAACUGCUAGACAUCUUUUUCUCAUAGAACCAAUUAGGAUAUCUAUGGUUUGUUUUGGAAUAGAAUUCCAGGCGACUUCGAUUGUUUCAAAUAGUUCGGCACUAUGUUUGAACUUUUCUGGAUGUUCAGUCCGAAUUUUUUUAUCAACUAAAUCCCAUAGGUUCUCUAUGGGGUUAAGGUCUGGACCACCUAAUGACAUUAAUAUUGUGAUAUGCAAAAAAUGUUUUUAUUAAUUUCGAUGUGUGCUUGGGGUCGUUUUCGUGCUGGAACCGCCAUCAGUUAAUAUUUCCAAGUAUUUGUACCGGUCCAUAAUUCCUUCAAUUUUGGCGAUCGGUCCCAUCUGAAGACCACAGAAGCAACCUCAUACUUGAACCUUCCCGUCUCCGUGUUUGAUUGUGCCCAAAGUGAACUUAAGAUCAAAUCGCUUGUUUUUAGGACGUCUUACACAUAAAAUGCCAUCCGAUGACAAUAAAUUUACUUUCAUCAGAACACCACAAAGAAUUCCACCUUGUUUCUGACCAGUUCAAAUGAUCGUAAGCAAAUUGUAGACGGACGGUCCGAUUUUUCUUGGAAAUAAAGUUUUUUUAGAUGGUCUCCUUGCUGGUAAAUCACUCUCCCUUAAACGUCUUCAAACAGUGUGGACACCAAUAUUUACUUCUUCAAGUUGAGGUUUUAUGUCGACAGCAGUAGUAAAUGGAUUUUUAAGAGCAAGUGUUUUAAUUUUUCGAUUAAUCCUAGAUGUGGUUUUUCGCGGUCUACCAGUCUUAGGAGGGCUUACCAACGAUUCUUUGAGGCUUAAUAGUUUUGCAAAUACACUCAAAAAUGACACCUAUUCUAAUCGACGACUAAAUAUUUACAAAAUGUUUCUCUACUUUGCUCGUUGAACAAAGAACCGACCAUAUUAUAUAGAAAAAAAAGAAUGUAUCCAAAGAUAAGCAUUUCAUUAUCUUCAGGUAGUCAUACAUAAAAAACGUUAGUGUGCAGUUUCGGGUUAGAGUAAAUCUUGCUGGAUUUUUGUGGUUUGCUUCUCUACUUUUGCUCGGUACUGUAGGUUUGUAUUGUCUCUGCUCUGUUUCUCGCAAUGAUACCUAUAAAGUUUAAUCUAGUCAUCCAUGAAUGCUCGUAUGCUUUGACAACAUGACAUGCGUAUUAUAGACGUAGAAUGUUUUAUCAAAGCUCAACUUUAAGUCAAAAUUUAGCAUACUUUAUAUUUCGUUAUUUCUUUCUCCUUUACCAGUGAUCACUUUUGAAUCACAGCUAGGAUGAUGCUAUAUAUGCAGACCCAGAUUUCUUAUAGUUUCACCCACAGAUAUGCAAAAGGAAUAAAAGUGUUAUCAUCCUAGAUAUAAUUUCAUGUGAACCUGGGUGUUUUAAUGAGCCCAAAUGGCAGAAACCUAUAGAAAUUGUAAGUUUUUUCGGUUUUAGGGAUGGUCAAACGAUAGGUUUUCCAUUUGUUUGGGUUGUGAGUUAAAGUGUGUAUUUUUCAAACUCAUAUUUUGCAACUAUUUACAUUAUUUAUAUUCCAAAGGUAUUGAUUAGGUUUAAUCUAAUUUUAAUCAACCUAAAUACACGUUUAGAACUUUAAGGAUUCUGUUCAUCCCAAUUUUCCAACGAUCGUUCGACAAUAUUAUAUUCCAAAUUAGUACUAUUCUUACUUGACUUCCUAAAUCAUUGGAUAACUAACAACGAAAAGUCGUCGAUAUGAAAAAAUCCACUUUAACUCACAUAAUAAUAAUUAAUAUAUAACGGGUAUUUUUUAGAGGUAUAGAAUUUUAAAUUGCAAUAAAACAACGAUGGAUUAUGCGAUUGACAUGAUUUUUUUAUCCGAAAGAUAAUCUUGUGGCAUUACAUUUUAAACAUGAUUUCUGGCAUACAGCUGGCUCGGAUGUAGUCCAAUCUUUACGUCCAGUUUUCGAUGACUUUUUUCAACAUUUGUGGCCGUAUAUCGUCAAUAACAUGGCGAAUGUUGUCUUCCAAAUGGUCAAGCGUUUGUGGCUUAUCCGCUUAGACCAAUGACUUUGCAUAGCCCACAGAAAAUAGUCUAGCGGUGUUAAAUCACAAGAUCUUGGAGGCCAAUUCACAGAUCCAAAACGUGAAAUUAGGCGGUCACCAAACGUGUCUUUCAAUAAAUCGAUUGUAGCACGAGCUGUGUGACAUGUUGCGCCGUCUUGUUGUAACCACAGCUCCUGGACAUCAUGAUUGUUCAAUUCAGGAAUGAAAAAGUUAGUGAUCAUGGCUCUAUACCGAUCACGUUCUGGCAAUCAUCGUUUUUGAAGAAGUACGGACCAAUGAUUCCACCAGUCCAUAAAGCGCACCAAACAGUCAGAUUUUCUGGAUGUAACGGUGUUUCGACAUAGACUUGAGGAUUAGCUUCACUCCAAAUGCGGCAGUUUUGUUUGUUGACGUAGCCAUUCAACCAGAAGUGCGCUUCAUCGCUAAACAAAAUUCGCUGAUGAAAAUCGGGAACAACGACAAUGUCGUUUUGGGCCCAUUCAACGAAUCUACGCCUUGCUUGAUUGUCGUUUGGCUUGAAUUCUUACACGAGUUGGAUUUUGUGAGCACGCAAACCAAGAUCAUUCCGCAAAAUCUUCCAUAAAGUGGAUGGACACAGAUACCAUUCCUGUGGUCGAUGGCGGAUGGACUCAUUCGGGUCUUCUCAAUGCUACGCUCAACAGUGGCAAUAGCUUCUUCUGUACGCACCGUACGGCGUCUCUGGGGAUGCGAGUUAUCAAUUAGAGUAAAGGUGGUGCGAAAACGUUCCAUUGUUGAUCGAAUUAACUGCUCUGAUGGACGAUAAAAUGGACGUAGUGCGCGAUACGUAUUCCGCACAGAACCGUUAUUUUCGAAAUAAAACUGCACAAUUUGCAAGCAUUGUUCAGGCGUGAGUCUAUUCAUGAUGAAUUGCCAAACUAAACUGAGAAUAAAUCACUUGACAGCUGUCAAAUCGUUCGCCAUCUUCAAAAGUAAUGCUAACUUAAAGUUCUAUACCUCAAAAAAAAAACACCGUUUAUUUGUCAACUACCUCUAACGAUACAUUGAUGUAGCGUCGCCCUGUUUGACGAUGAUUCAUGGAGACAACAAUAGGUUGUUCAAAUAGAAAACGUCUAAACGGAAUGAUAAUAUUUGUAUAAUUUAUUGUGAUAUUGGAACUUGCUCGGCUUACAACAACUAUUUGAUAUAGAUGGAAAUAUAUAAAAACGAAUUUUUAGAAAAAUCAGAACUUGGGAAUAUAGAUCGUUUCACGUUUUUUGGCGGAUUGGCCAUAUGCAGACCUCAACUUUUCGGGAGAAAAUUUCACACUACAUGAGCUGAUUUAAACGCAACUGCUCUUGCACACGUGAAUUGAAUAAUAAUUGACCGUUGCAUUAAUCGACUUUUCAACAAAAAAAAAACCCAAUAAAUUUAGCAAAGUUGUCACUUUUUGUAUUUUGAAGCACUGCUAAGUUUUGAAUUAAGAUCAACGAAAGUUGAACUCAAAGCGCACGCAUAUGAAAAGUGGCUUGUCUCACUGACAGUGGCAUGCAUAUACAGGGUGGCCCAACGAAAACGUCGCAUCCCUAUUUGUAACUCUCCCGGUACAUUUUUGGGAAAAACAAUACACGGUGGUCCAAAAAUAAUAUUUUGCGUUACACUUUAGAUAUUUAAAUGGAAAUCCUCUUUUAUUGAAUUUUUAAAUUAACCAUCAAGUUUUUAGUAACUAUUGUAUAAUAAAGUUGUAAAGCUAUUUGAGUUUAUAAUAAAAUUAUAGAAAUUGUGAUAUGGGAUUAUAUCGUAAAAAUAAUAUUCAAUAUAGUGCCCAUAGUAACAAGUCUUUAAAAUUAAAAACAAGUCUCCAAGUAUUGAAAAUACAAAAAACAACUUACAGUACACGCGCAUUGAAGUUAAACUAAAAAUUAAUUUGCUACAAGAGGUAGGUCGAUGUGGUAAUAAGUGCUGAAAGUGGUGCCCAUUUACCUCUAUGCAAUAAUAAAGAUACAAUAUGAUUUCCGAAACUGCCGGCCCGCACAUUUAUUUAUUCAGGAUAUUGCGAGUCUACCUCUCGAAAAAAAUGUGGAUUCGACUCACUCCAAUAUCGACAAUUAUAUCUAUUUACAGCACCUUGUAAAUAGAACGUACACUCAUCCGAGAAACAAAUAUUAAACAGAAACAGAUUUGCAUUGUUGAUUAAGCAUUGGACAUUCAUUCGAAAAACUACAACCUUCUAUUAAAAUCGUUUUCAUUAAGCUCAUGGACAAGUUUUAUCUUGUACUGGUAGAAAUUUAUUGUAUUUCAAAAUUCUUUGUAUUGUUGAGCGUAAAUCCUGAAGAAGUCGCCAGUCCACGAGUGCUUUGGGUAUUGUCAAGUGCUACGGGUCCCAAAACUGCUAUUUCUGCGGCUUCAUUUCUAACUGACUACUUAUUAUUAAUAUUUUUAUAUGGAUGUAACGCAUUAAACAACCGCGCAGUAGCUCUGCAAUGCUUCCAUUUUGGUAAUACAGUUUUGUUAUGUCUACCUUUUCUUGAAUUGAAUAAGUCAUUGUUCAAUAUUUAUCACAACUGAACGAUGCUAAAUGUUCCUGCUGGGAUUCAUGAUUAUUAUUUUUUGCCGUGCAUUCUAUUAUUAUCAGUAUUGAGUCGGAUUUUAUUAUAAACUCCAAUAGCUUCUCGACGAUUGAAGAUAGAUAUACACUUUAUUAUACAAAAGUUACUGAAAAAUUCAUGGAAAAUCUAGAAAUUGAAAAAUGGGGAUGUACAUUUAAAAAUCUAAAGUGUAAUGCAAUAUCUCAUUUUUGGACCACUCUGUAUUGAUGAAAAGACGUCCACCUAGAAAUUAAUAUUGACGUGUCCGAGCUUUUUUCCUAAAAUAUACCAGGGGAGUCACAAAUGGGCGAUCGACCUUUUCGUUGGGUCACCCUGUAUAAGAAAUACUUAGUUGAAAAAAUGUUGAGAUGGCGAGACGAAAGUAAACAACGUAUGUGUAAGGGAGAUUGAUCUAUGAAAGUGAUACUGAUAGUUUUGUGACCCGCCAAAAACAUGAAAAUACAGUGCUUUUCAAAAAGGUCCCCACUCACUUAUUUAUUGGGCAAGUUAGAAUGCUGAAAUUCGACGUAAUGGAAUUAAUUCAUAAAUACUAUGUUCUAGUCGAAAGUUCGGGAUGCAUAUUCUAAGAUGGCGCCGUUUUGGAACAUUUUUCAAAUGGAAUGAGGGGUCGUAUCAUGAAUCAUUUUGAAUCUCCUUAUGAGUAUUUUAUAGCCGUAGAAUAAAAAAAUACCCUCUUUCAAAAUGGCGGUCUGGCAAGCUGUCAAAGCUGCGCGUUUUUUUAUAUUGAGUCGUAGCUCGACAACCAAUCAUCAAAACGCUAUAUGUUAUUCUAAUAUUCUUCUCUUGCAAGGAUCUAAUCGCUAUUUAAUAAAAUAUGAGACAUUCCAUUAUAUACACCUAUGUCAAAAUCUGACAUUUUUAUUAAACGGAAUGUCUCAUAUUGCUCAUUCAGAUAUUGCCUUCCAAAAGAACAAGAUUGUUAUAACAUAAUAUUAAUGUUUUUAUGUUUAAUUGCUGAGACAGUCUUCCAGUUCGCUACUUUGAAAGAAAAGGACUUUAUAUUCUAGGGUUAAAAUAAGGUACCUAUCAUAUAACCGUCCAUUUUAAUUAAAACAAUAUUAGCGCAUGUAUUCCAUCUUAAAAUUGACAAUUGUCACUUUUACGGCAAUUAUCCCGAAUUUCAGCUCGCUAACUUGAUCCGAUUGAAAAAAAAGUGGGGAGGUGAGGGAUUUCUAAAAAGCACUGUAUGUCAUUUGUCUAGUUUUUUUAUCAGAUUUCCAAAUAGAUGUUGUGCGUCGACUGAUCGUUUAGUGUUACCUUAAUAAUUAUUGUGAUGACUCGAGUUAUAUAAUUGUCUUGUGAUGCUCUUUAACAUUUGUUUAUGCCAAAAAAAUCACAUAAAUCCUACACACCUCACAUUUAUACCAAGAAUGUUUUUCGGAAAUUGCUCAAUUUUUUUAGUUCCGUGAACACAUGGAUACAUGAAAGUUGUCACUUUGUACCAGCUCAAGCAUUGUAGUAAGAAUAAUUCUGCCAGGUCGAGUCAUCACAAAAUAUCACAACUGCAAUUAACAGCACAAAGAUUUUUUUUAAAAUCUAUCUUCGGAAACGUACAGAGUUGUUCAACAAAUAUAAUCUUAUUUUUCCAUUAAAGGUACAUACGAGGUUGUCUCAAAAAUAAGGUUUUCACAUUUUUUUCAAGCACAAGGAAUUUAUCUAAAAAAAAAAACAAUUUGCCAUUAGAAACAUUGUUGUUAAAGCUAUUUUUCUACAUAGUUGCCACUCUUUCUACGCAUUUUUUCCUCUUUCUCACUCCCGUCUCAAAGAAGUCCACCACUGGAAACUUGGUACUUGAUUCAGUCCUUUGCACGAUGCACAUACAUUGCGCAUGUGGGCGGGGCUUCGUGACGUCACCCGGAGAGUUGUCGGCUCGUGGUUACCAGCGGCAGGUUUGUCGUAACGUUACUGCAGUGCACGUGUAUCGUGGUUAAUACUAUAUAGUGCGAUCUGUUGGUGAUUUUUGGUGGGUUUGUGACUUUUUAAAUUAGUUAUACAUACUUUAUAUACCCUGUGAUGUUAGUAAAUUGAUAAAAAUGCGGUGCGCUGUUGUGGGAUGUAAUUCCGACAAUCAAUCUAAACGGAAUCCUUUCCAACACAUGAAGUUCCACAGUUUUCCUCAAGACCCAAACCUUAGCAGAAAACGGCUGCAUCAUACAAAAAGAAAAAUCAAAGUUAAUGUAAAAAACGCUAGGAUUUGCUCGAACCACUUUUGUGAAAAUGCAUAUAAGGUCAAUUUUAAACAUACCCCUUUGGGUUACACCCCUAAAAGAUAUCAUGCUCUAAAAGAUGAUGCCAUUCCUAUGGAACAUUGACAGCCCUGAAAAAGCUAAGAAACUAUUUUUCAGGUCAAGGAAGUUCUUCCGGAUUAAAGAACUGAGUAACAGUUUGAAAAAAUUAAAAAUUGGGGAUUAGACUAAGUCAUUGCUAUUUAUUGUUAUACUGCCAGCUUACUGCAAAUGUGAAAUAAGGAUGAAUAAAUGUAGUGCAGUAUUAGCGUCAUGAGCAUGUUAAUCCUGCUCCACAGAACAUACUAAAAUAUAGGUAUUGUAUAAAAAUCUUGCUUUUACAGUAAAGUGACGAUACACGCUCUAUUGUGGAGGUAGAAAGCCGUUCAAGCUAUAACCUGUGAGAUAGGAAUUACAAUGUUGAAAUGUUUUAUUAAAAUCCGUCAUUUUGUUUUGCAUGAAAUUUUAAUGUAGAUUGUGUCGCGCGCACCGCUAAGACGAAUCCAACGACACUUCAUAUGUGAAAAUUCGACCAGCCGUUUUCCAUAUCAACCCAAAUGAUAAUCACUCUCCGCGUGACGUCAUGCGCGCCGACGGACGAAAAUCGAACAGCGGGGCAUCCGGCACUGAGUCCUUCGUUUGUUGCGAUGUUGGGUCGAUGGUGAGGGAGCCGGCAAACGCGAAGGUGUUACCAGACUCCGCGGCAAAGUUACGUCGUUGGGAACACUAUUUUUCAAACAACCCUCGUAUAUCACUAGUAUAUUUACUGCCAAAUUUGGUAAAUGAAUAUUCGUGCUCACAGAAUAUUUCAGUACUUUUUCAUUUUUUUAAGCAUGCAUUCACAAAAAUAAAUAAUUGCUAAGUUAUUCAAAUUUUUGUUUCACAUCUUUGAAGAAUCCGAAUCCAAAAUAUUUUUAUUUGAAAAUAUUCUGUUAUCACUACCGUAAACGCGGAAAUAUUUAUUGAGGGUUUUAGGACAUUGUAAACAGAAAAGAUAAUACCUAGUUCACUGUUGUGAUACAGUACCAAAGAUAUACAGGGUGACUUCGAAGUUGAGUCAUUUAUUUUAACAGUGAGUAGAUCUGAUCAAAAGAAAUGUUUUUUCCUUUACCAUUUUUCUGGUAAAAUUAAAGUAACAAAGUUAUAGCCCUUUGGAAGUUUGAGUACCGCCCUGUCUCAAUAAUAAUAUCAUGUACUCGUGUUUGGCAACAACAGAUAUAAUCCGCCUUACCAGUUCAUCGCAUCGGAAACAAAAAAGCGAAAGAAUUUGGAACGUUUUUGCAAUUAAGUAUUUUAUUCAGUUCAGUUAUACAUACACUCAGUGUCUGUCGGUUAGCGUGUGAAUAGUGUCUGUUGCGUGGCUCAAACGAAAUAAAAAAUGGCACAUGUUUAUGCGGAUCGGUUUCCCAAUCGAGUGCAACCAACCCCUCGUGCCUUUGUUAAUGUAGUACAACGGGCUCGUGAAUCAGGUGACUUAAGACCUCACAGGGGACCUCACGAUCAAAUACAGGUCCGCACUGAAAUACUUGUCGGGAGGAUACUUUAUAAAACAAGGUAAAAAUUUUUUUUUAAUUUUUUUUUAUUUUUACACACAUAUUCUGGUUUAUCUUCCUUCUACAAUCAUUAUCUGAAAAUUAAUGACUCAACUUCAAAGUCACCCUGUAUAAUUAUUGGCAUAGAUUCGAGGUUAAUUUUAUUUAGUAUUUUAUCUCAUACCUAAUUAUUGGAAACAGUAAUUAUUGCAUUUGCAGUAAGUUCAAUAUGUAGUAUUGUGAAAAUGAAAAAAAAAAAUAAGUUUUCUUUAACUUCCUACGAACUAUACAAGUUGAAUUUAUUAUAUAGUCUUUUUCAGGAAAAACCCCCACCCCAACUUAUUUUAAUUGGUCAAGUUAGCCGGCUGAAAUUCAGGACGAUGAAAUUGACCGUUUGGAAAUAAUAUGCUAUAAAAUAUGAUACAUUUAAUUUGAACAAAAAAAUUAAACAUGACAAUAAUAAUUUCGAUAACAUUUUUGUUUAUUUGUUUGAAAGUACAAUAAACUAGGUAAUAUUUUUUCAUAUUCCACUUGCAACGAC